AUGGCGGAAAACAAGAUAGGCUCGUUAGAAGAGGAAGCUUUAAAAAGAAAGGAACGUCUGCAAGCAUUAAAGAGGAAGAGUGAGGAUGGCAAGGAAAACAAAAGUGAAAUUGCUAGUAAAUUACCAAAACCAAAGUUUCGAAGUUACAAACCACAGGAUGAAAGUUUGAAGGAUAAGGUAUUAGAUAGUGCAAAACCAGGAAACGUAGAAGCGGAAGUACAGGAUCAAUUAAGCGCUGCGAAUACGAAAGUUGUUAUUGAGGAACUUGAUAUUAGCAAUCUCGCUCCUAGGAAACCUGAUUGGGAUUUGAAGCGAGAUGUUGCUAAGAAAUUAGAAAAAUUGGAAAGGAGAACUCAAAAAGCAAUAGCAGAACUAAUAAGAGAUCGUCUCAAACAAGGGCAACAUGAUUUAGCUGCUGUUGUGAAUAUGGCAACUAAAGAUCAAACAAAUUCACCUACCUGA